AACAAACAUGACCUUGAGAGUUAUAAGUGACACGGAGUGGGCCGCCAGUCACGUGACACUAACAAUCAUUCUGCGCAAGCGCCAGACCCAGCCACAUACUGCUCGCCUCGCCGCUCAGCUAAUGUGAACAUGUCGGUGGUGACGGGGUCCUGGGUAGCAGAUGUCCUACUCUUGGCGGCUUUCCUACUCUACCUCCUUCACCGCAAACUGACCAGCACGCAUGGGUACUUCAAAGACCGCGGCAUCCCUUACCUGGUACCGUACUCCCUCUUAGGUAACUUAACCGUGCAGAUCAAGGCUGCCGCAGACCAAGCGACUUUCCUCUACAAUAGUUUCCCAGGCGAGAGGUUCUUCGGUUUCUUCCUCUUAAAGGAACCUAUAUUGGUUGUGAAGGACCCAAGCCUAAUACAGCAAAUGCUGGUGAAGGACUUUGCCCACUUCCAUGAUAGAGGAUUUAACACGCAACUGGACGGUCUGUUAUCGAUGAGCCUCUUCAUGUUGAAAGGCGAGCCGUGGAGAUCCCUAAGGUACAAGCUGAGUCCGACCUUUACUUCUGGAAAACUGAAACUCAUGUUCCAACAGAUUGUCAACAGUGGGGAUCGCCUACUGGAGUCCAUAGAGGAGUCCUUGGGGGAAACCGUAGAUGCAAAAAUGAUCACCCACACGUUCGUCAUGGAAGUCAUAGCCAGCACUGCGUUCGGUCUGAACUUCAACAGAAAUAACCCAGAGGCUGAAGAGUUUCUUGAAUAAAAG